GGUGAAUAUGAAGAUCUUAGAGCAGCAAACAACAAAAAGAAAGAGGAGUGCGACAAAAUUAAACAAGAGCGUGAUGAGGCAGUCAAAAAACUUGAAGAGUUUCAAAAAAUUUCUCACAUGGUUAUCGAGGAAGUAAAUUGUAUGCAGAACCACCUUGAAAUCGAAAAGACGUGCCGUGAAAGUGCUGAAGCUUUGGCUUCUAAGUUGAACAAAGAAAAUAAGACCCUGAAAAGAAUUAGCAUGUUGUAUAUGGCUAAACUGGGGCCAGAUAUUAUUACAGAAGAAAUUAACAUUGAUGACGAUGAUUCAUCCACAGAAACUGAAGGUAGCUCGGGUUCGUGCAACUCGGUGCAUUGUCAACAGCAAAUGAAAGAGCUGCGAGAUCAAAUUAUAUCUGUUCAGGAGCAAAAGAAGACCUUGGCCAUUGAACUGGAAAACCUGAGGCGCAAACUUGUAGAAGUAAUUGAAGAAGUAAAUAAAGUAAAGGAAGAAAAAGCUGUUCUGACAGCAGAAGUUCAUGAACAAAGGAAACUAUUGGAAAAAUGUAACCGAGUGUCUGUACUGGCAGUGGGAGAAUAUGAAGAACUCCAGGAAAACUUUGAGUUGGAAAAGAAUUUACGGAAGAAAGCGGAGUCAUUUGCACAAGAGAUGUAUAUUGAACAAAACAAGUUGAAAAGACAAAGUCAUCUGCUACUGCAAAAUUCUGCUCCUGAUCAGCAGCUUAUGAAAGCUUUAGAUGAAAAUGCCAAGUUGACCCAAACACUGGAAGAAGAGAGACAUCAACACCAGCAAAAGGUUAAAGAAUUAGAAGAGAAGCUAGAAAAUGAAGCACUACAUAAGGAGAUCAGUUGUCUACAGCAGCAGCUGGGACUUCUGGAAGAAGAUAAAAAGGAGUUGGAACUAAAGUGGCAGAACUCUGAAGAAAAAGUUAAAAACCUAAAGCAUUCAGUUGAUGAACUCCAGAAACGAAUACACAGGUCAGAAAAUCCAGCACCGCCACCUCCGCCCCCACCGCCACCUCCGCUUCCUCCCCCUCCUCCCAAUCCAAUUCGGUCCCUUAUGUCCAUGAUUCGUAAGAGGUCUCAUCCUAGCAGCACUGUGAUCAAAAAAGAGAGAGCUCCUCAGCAAGAAUCAGGGGAAGAAGUAAGAGACCUGAAGAGACAAGCAGUUGAAGAAAUGAUGGAUAGAAUUAAAAAGGGAGUUCACCUAAGGCCAGUUAAUCAGUCAAGCAGACCUAAGACAAAGCCGGAAGAACCAAAAGCCUCUGAUAGUGCAGUGAAGGAACUCAAGGGAAUACUGGAAACACUCAACAAAUCCACCAGUUCAAGAAGCUUAAAAUCUCUUGAAACAGACCCAGACAGCAAUGAAACUGAGUUAGAAAGAAUUUUACGGCGCAGGAAGGUGACAGCCGAGCAAGACAGCAGUAGUCCGGCUGGAGUCUUGGCCACAUCAGAAUCCAAAUCCAUGCCAGUGUUAGGUUCAGAAUCCAGUACAGCACAAACAGCAUUGAACAAGAAAACUCUGGAGGCAGAAUUCAGCUCCAAAACACCUGAGUCAGGCGAAGGGUCUCUUCAAAUGAAAGGAAGCGCAAGUUCUAAGGUUACAUUUCAGUCACCUAGUUACGUGGGAUUUGCAAGAAAAGCUAUUAGCAGUGAAAAUCAAACGGAAUCCAUUGUAGUUUUAGAUCCUGUUUCCGCCAGUGAAGCACAAACCAAAGACCAGAUGCCUGAAAAAAUCAUAAAUCAACACAAGAUGAAAGAAGAAAAAAAUAAACAAUUAUAUAAAGAAACUAGUGUUGAUAAAGCAAAAGAGUCAGACAGCUCUAACUGCUAA